AUAUUUUACACAAAAAACAACCAAUUAACAAUCAGUGCGUUCUUUAGAUGCAGCUUUAUAAGCAAGUUACAAAUAGGAUCCACCUAAACCAGCUACAACAGUCAAAUCCUGCUUUUGUACUUGUAAUAAUCUAAAGAUAUAAAACAGUGAAACAGUCACAGGGACAUUUUUCUGCCUCGAGUACUUUUACUUCUAAUACUUUGAGGCCCCUUUCCUGAUUAUACUUGCAUUCUGGACCUUGAGUACCUUUUUCCAGUACUAGUACUGCGUCUUCAGUGAGGGGCUUGAGUCCUUCCUGCUGAUGAUCUGUAGUUUCUCUCCAGUGGAAUUUAUUACACAAUAUCCGUCCGUCGGGGGUUACACAACCGUGGGUUGAGCAGUGUUCUCCUGGGAACGUCGCUGGGAAGGUCUGUCUUCUGGUUCUGCCGGACGUUACUCUCGUCAGCGUAAAGGCUUUAAACGACAACCCACAGCAAAGCAACAGACCCCAAGUCACCAGACAAUGACUCGGAGGUGGACACGCUCCGGGAAAAGAGGCUUCGUUGUGUUAAACUGGUUUUAGAGACUAUGGACGGAGGUCUGUGAGUGGAGGAGUAAAUUCAGAUGAAUAAUUCAUUACCAAGUACCGUGCGUUUAAAGGAGAAGGGGACGGUUGUCAGUCGAGCCGACAGCGGAUAACAGGCGACGGGCGACGAGUCGGUGCGUCGAGAAACACCGAGCGGUUCUACUCCCGCACGCGAGGUCACAGGGACUUUAUUUUGAAGACCGCUACCGGAAGCAGGCGGUGUGCUCUUUGCGCGUUGACAGAGUUGCGUCACCUUCCCAGCGACGGUCUGUCGGUCUGUGUGUUUGGGUGCGGGUCGGUCUCCACGGACUCGGACGGAAACAUGUACCUGUGGCUGCUGCUCCUGCUCGGGCUCCUCACCCUGGUCCUCUGCGUCCUCCGCGGCAGAAACAGAAGAGACGGUGAACCUCCUUUAAUAAAAGGCUGGAUCCCUUUCGUUGGAAAGGCUCUGGAGUUUGGAAAAGAUGCCCAUAAAUUUCUGGAAGAACAUAAGAAGAAAUUUGGAGACGUUUUUACAGUGCAGAUAGUCGGUAAAUACAUAACCUUCAUCAUGGACCCUUUAGUGUAUCCAAAAAUCAUCAAACACAGGCAACAGCUGGACUUCCAUGAGUUCUCUAAAAACAUGGCCUCCUUCGUCUUCGGCUACCCACCCGUCAUCGACAGGAAGUUCCCCGGCCUGCAGGAGGAAAUCAAACGCUCCUUUUACCUCCUCCAGGGACAAAAUCUCACAUCUCUGACAGAGAGCAUGAUGGGUAACCUCAUGCUGUUGUUUCGUCAGGACCACCUGGGGGAGAACCCAGAAGAGGAGGGGGGCUGGAAGAGGGGCAGCAUGUACCAGUUCUGUUUCUCGGUUAUGUUCGAGGCAACCUUCCUCACAAUGUACGGCAGGCCACCGUCCACCAGCCGCCACAGCGGGAUGAGGAUGCUGAGGGAGGACUUCAUCAAGUUUGACUCCAUGUUUCCCCUCCUCAUCGCUCAGAUCCCCAUCUGGCUGCUGGGACGGACCAAGGCGGUCCGCGAGAAGCUCAUCAACUACUUCCUGCCACACAGGAUGUCAUGUUGGUCCAACGCAUCACAGUUCGUCAGGAGACGAUUGGAGCUGUUUGAAAAGUACAACACGCUGAGCGACUUCGAUAAAGCAGCGCAUCACUUUACUAUCCUCUGGGCGGCUGUGGGGAACACUGUCCCUGCCACCUUCUGGGCCAUGUACUACCUGGUGAGUCACCCUGAGGCUCUGGAGGUCGUCCGUCAGGAGAUCUACGAUGUCCUGAGGCUCAGCGAAGUCGAGUUCAGCAGUUACAGAGACAUGAAGCUCAGCAGAGAGCAGCUGGACAAACUCCUCUAUCUGGAGAGCUCCAUCAACGAGAGCCUCCGUCUGUCCUCGGCCUCCAUGAACAUCCGGUUGGCUCAGGAGGACUUCAGUCUGCAGCUGGACAGCAAGCGCUCGGUGGCUGUUAGAAAAGGAGACAUCAUCGUUCUGUACCCUAGGAGUAUGCACCUCGACCCCGAGAUCUAUGAGGAGCCUCAGACAUUCCAGUUUGACCGCUACAUACAGGACGGGAAAGAGAAGACGGACUUCUACAAAGAGAGUCAGAAGCUGAAGUAUUACCUCAUGCCUUUUGGCUCUGGUUCUUCCAUUUGUCCUGGACGAUACUUCGCCAUCAACGAGAUCAAACAGUUCCUGUGUCUCCUGCUGCUCUACUUUGACCUUCAACUGGAGGAGGGUCAAACCAGAGUCACUCUGAACUCCAGCAGAGCCGGACUGGGAAUCAUGCUACCUGCCACCGACAUAAGAUUCCGCUACAGAAUGCGAAUGGAUUAGCCAGGACGGAAGUGUCAGUGAUGGUGGUGGGUGUGUUAUUGGCCCGACACACAGUAGGAGAAUGUGUUCUCUGCUGGAUCCAUGUUCAGUCAGGCCAGAGCUUAAAUCGACCGUAAUUGAUAUUUUUUUUGGUAAUAUAUUAAAAUGUGAACAUGACAAAACAGUGGUUAAUCUUCAGGUGUCUCUGGUAGUGAUGAAACUAAAGAUAAUGAUCGGCUGAACCUGCAGCUCCCCCUCGGCUUUACUCAGCUUUACAGUGAGUUUCAGCUCAUUGGUUCUCAGUUUACUGCUCUGGUUCACUCUCAC